AUGGCAGAGAUGUAUGAGGCAAAGAACCCUACAGGGAAAAAGGUUAUUAAGUUAUCAGCGGAAAACCCACAAAAUGAGUUGGAAAGGAACAGUUUUGAUCACUUGAAUCGUUACAUAAAAUCUCUUAAUGAGGGUGGUUUGAAAGCAUUUCUUCAGUUUACCACAGGCCUGUACGGGAUUCGAACCAAGCAAACGCAACCCAACCGUCAAAAAAAAGUUAUAAUUGCCGGAGAUUCUGUUCUUAAGCACCUUCAAGGCCAUAAAAUGUCUAGAAAUUCAAGAGUAAAGGUAUCCUCCUUCCCGGGAUGUACGAUGGAAGACAUGCAGGAUUUUGUAAAGCCAGUCUUACGAAAGAAACCAGACGAGAUCAUACUUCAUGUGGGGACUAACAGCCUAAGAUCCUGCGACACCCGGCCUCGUGCUUGUGCUGAAGAAAUAAUCGACCUGGCCAAGAUGGUUAGCUGUGAAUCUCCAGCAAAGAUUGCGUUAUCAAGUCUUUUGUGUGGAUCUGAUGAUGAAGCCUUGGCUUCCAAAAUAGCUGAGGUGAACACAAUUCUCACAAAUUGCUACAUUCUGAAGAGCUGGGGAUUUGUUGAUCAUUCAAACAUUUCUACCUCGAACUUAAACCGUAGCGGUCUUCAUCUAGGCAAGUCUGGAACUUUUCGUUUCGCCCAGAAUUUUAUAAAUUAUUUACGCUUAGAUUAGGAUAUUGCCGUCUGGGAAUCCGAUUCGACUGAUGCCCGAACGUGCGAUGACAUGGGUAAGUUCAACU